GCGCGUAUCAACGCAAUAAGUUUCCGAAGAAAAGCCGAUGUAAACGGGGAGAUCUACCUUCAUAGAUACAUCUGAUCAUUACCGCCUUCCAAGAAAGUCUUCUUAUUUUCUCCGUUCGGAUCUAGUACAAAUCAAAGCAUGGCGGACAGUGACGAAAUUACUGAUUUGGUGCAAGAGUUCAUGGCUGUAACUGGAGCUGAAGAUAUUACGGCAAUGCGCUAUCUACAACAGUCAAAUUGGGAUGUAGAGUCUGCGGUAAAUACUUUUUUGGACUCUAAUCUCACCAGUGGAAGACAUGGUGACAGGGGAAACCCAAUUAUGGUUUCUAAUGAUGGUGAUGAUGUUUCUCCUUCUGAAGAUGGGUCGUUAAAUAGUGCAGCUACUGCAGAAGAAACUAACCAAAACUUAACUGUUUUGUCAUGGAAUGUCGAUGGCUUGGAUGAGAGAAACAUUUUGGAAAGAACACGGAAGGUGUGCAGUGUCAUUAACUGCAGAAAACCAGAUGUGGUAUUCCUGCAAGAGGUUGUUCCACAAACUCUGCCCAUAUUUCAGUCCAAGUGCCCAGGGUAUUUCUGCAAAUAUGGACCCACACAUGCAUACUUCAACAUAAUGCUUCUUAAGAUGUCAUCAAUCAAAACCACAAGUGACCUUCAAUGUACGCAUUUCCAGUCGAGUAAAAUGGGACGCCACUUACUCUGUCAGCCAGUCUUGUUCAAAAACAAGAUUGUGCUGACUCUAAUGACUUCACACCUUGAGAGCACAGCUCAGUGCAAAGCUGAACGAAUGAGACAACUUGGGCAAGUUUUGACGUGCAUGGCGGAGCAGGCUGCAAAUGCUACUGUCAUAUUUGGAGGUGACACAAAUCUGCGGGACAAAGAGGUGUCAGCCUUUGGAGGAUUGCCAGGCGGCGUAGUCGAUGCAUGGGAGGAAAGUGGGAGACCUGGAGAUGCGCAGUACUCUUGGGAUGUUAGAUUAAAUGACAAUUUGAACUGGCCUUACCCCAACAAACCAAGAAUAAGAUUUGACAGGUUUUUCGUCAGGUCUGCCCAAGGCCAAAAUGCACUGAAAGCAAAUCAGUUUGAGUUAGUGGGAAUGGAGAGGCUUUCUGGAUGUCGUCGAUUUCCCAGUGAUCACUGGGGCAUUUUGUGAGAGUUCUUACCUCACAUAGAUCAGAAGUAGUUUCUGUAAAAACUCUGAAAGCCACUUUCUUGCCGUUUUAGUCAAAAUUCCCCCAGUGAAAUCUGAAAUUAGGAAGU